AUGCUGAAGCCAGUUCGGCCAGAGCUUAGCAAUAAAGUAUUGGACAAGAGUGAAGAUGAUGAGCCAAGCUUCUUCCAUUGAGUCUCGUGUAAGAAACAAGUCGAUGCUGAUAAUGAAGAGGAUAUUUAUAACCUUUAUUCCUGAAAUCAUACUAUUUGUAAUGACUGCUUUAUUGACUUGAUCAAAGUUGAGUACUCGGUCAAAAAGAUAGUAGAUUGCCCAUCAUGAGGAAAGAUAGUGCAUGAAGAUGAGAUAAUUGAUCAGCUAGGAGAGGAAGAAUGGGCAGAACUUAAGGAAGAAAUCUUAGAAGAUGAUGAAGAAGUCAAAGAAGGUGCAGUCAGGUGUCGAUGUGGUGAAGAAGUUAAAGUCGUCAAGCACAAGGUCAAAUAAUGUGGAUGAAGAAGGUAACCAGAUAUCUGCCAAAUCUGCUGAAAACAUGGCUAAAUUUAAGGUUAAGUGACAUAACUGAAGGGAUGUCUUCUGUGCGUACUGUAAAAUCAAGCCGUAUCACAUCGGCUACACCUGCUCAGAAUACAGGGAAUUUGUGGAAUCUGACAGAUGAAGAUACUGCUCGGAGCCUAUAAAGGCACGAAGGAAAGGAGGGGCUUUUAGAUUUGUCUGAAAAUCAAAAGAAUGCAAAUCUCUUAAGAAGGAAGGCUGCUCAAAAAAACUUCCAUGUGGGCAUUAUUGAAAUGGGAUCAGUAGGGAGAAGCACUGCUUACCGUGCCUCCACCCAGAUUGUGUCAAUAAAGAUCAGAGCAAGACAUUGGGAGAGAAUGAUAACUCCAACUGUGUGAUAUGAUUUGAUAAAUCACUCGGAAAGGAGCCCUGAAUCCAGCUACCCUGUAAACACAUAUUUCAUGUGCUGUGUUUAGUCCAAAAGGUCGAGGCUAAGUGGCCAGGGCCUCGAGUUACUUUUAUUUAUAAAACUUGUCCUUCUUGUAAAGCAGAAAUCGGAGAGGUCUACCACAUAAAACUGAAAAGGCUCAUUGACGAGGCGAUUGACCUUGAGAGCAAAGUUCGGGCCAAAGCUGUUGAGAGGGGUACAGCUGAAGGUCUGGACAAAGAUGAACGACUCCAAGACGAAAAUGAUGAAUAUUUCGAGAAAUUUGAAGAUUACUGAAUGGAUAGGCUAGCCUUUUACCAAUGAUACAAGUGAAAAAAACCCUACUUUGGUGGUCUAAGGGAGUGAGGCGCUGCACUUGAUGCUGGAGAUGGCUUUGACGAAAAAGAACUCAUUUGUGGGGCUUGAAGUGGAGAAGACUUCAAGGGCAAAGUUCACUGUGACACUCAUGGAGAUGAGUUCAUUGAGUUUAAAUGAAGAUACUGAUGAAAUUAUUCCCAGUGGUUCUGCUUUGGGAAUACUCACUUUUGUAAUAGAUGCCAUUCAAAUCUAACCAGGAACAUUAUCAAAUGCCCUGGACCCCCAGAAUGAGUACUAGAGAUGGAACACCCUGAUGAUGGAUCUGAAUUUGCAAUGGGAUGAGGAAUGUGUCGAAAUAAUCUUGCUUCAAAUAGAGUUUAA